AUGAGCGCCAAUAACAUUGACGUCGACAUGCAGCAUCCCGAGUUUCAGCAAGAAGACGUACAAACGUCUCAUGACGCGGAUUUAUUUGGUGGCGAUGAAGACGAUGAAGACGAUGAUAAGGGUCCUGGCGACUUCAUGGAUGUUCUCAGUCAGCCUCCCACCAGUGUACCGCAAUUCGACAUCAGUCAGCCUCCCACCAGUGUACCGCGACUCGACAUCAGUCAGCCUCCCACUAGUGUACCGCAAUUCGACAUCAGUCAGCCUCCCACCAGUGUACCGCGACUCGAGCGACUCGAAAAGAGGGCCAGAGAGGAAGUGAUAUCUGGGAAGCGUCGCAUUCAGGAAGUCGACUAUUCGCAGGUACUUCGCCAGACUGUGUAUGAACAACAAGAACGUAUUAACAACAUUAUAGAGGAAACUGAAGUGAUACGCCGAGAAGCUCAAGACCACAUUGAGGAGCAACGACGUCUUGCAGAAGAAGAGCAUGAGCGCCACACGCGCGAUUUCAACGAGCGAUGGGAAAAGGCUCUGAGAGAGCGAGAGCGGGAAAAGCAAGAAAUUCACAUAUGGCAAGAGCAGCAGCAAGCACUGCUGAGGAAGAACGUUGCUGAAGAACUAGCACGGCACGAAGCAAAAAUAAGUGCAAAAAAAGACCAAGAGUUGGCUGAAGAACUGGCACGACACAACGCAGAUUUAGAUACAAGAAAAAAUCAAGAGAAGAACGCGAGAGAGCCAUUUUUUGCCGAAAUGGAGCGAAGGCUACAACUAGAAAUAGAAAAAAUGAGGGUAGAAAAAGAGAACGAGCUCGCUAACAUGGAGCAGCGCUUUGCAAGACACGGUAGGCAACAGCAUGCGGCCACGGAAAUCGGCACAGACCCCACCCAAAGGAACGCUCAACAGCCACCCCACACGCCCCAGAAACCACAGCUCAAGACUCCGUGCCUCGAGACGAUUAAAAAGAUCAGGAAGGCACGUGGAACAACACACAAGAUGCGUCUGGUAUCUGUAGUAGAGGACGCUGACGAGCCUAUGGAAACGCAUCGAGAACGAUCAUCGACAAUUGAGCAAGAGCCACAGCGAUUUCAGCCUGACGACGUCUACCCUAUGUCUGCGAUGGAAAAUGCGAUCUCCAAAGGCAUAGAGGCGGCACUCAGACGCAUCCUCGUCGAUAAGGAUAUUUUGACAUCCAGAAGCAUAGUCCUCGAAGGAAAAAAAGCAGGAUGA